ACGUGACGCGUGUCGUCACUCGAGCGCCCCAGCGGAAACGCCGAGUGCGUGGUCUCGGGGUCUUCCUCACCAUGGUUCCCGGGGUGCCGCUCCCGCCGGAGAUCCAGCUGGCGCAGCGCCUGGCGGGCAAUGAACAGGUGACGCGGGACCGCGCGUUACGGAAGCUGCGGAAAUACAUCGUGGCCAGGUCGCAGCGGGCGACAGGUGGUUUUACACCAGAAGAACUGCUAAAAGUAUGGAAAGGACUGUUCUACUGCAUGUGGAUGCAGGACAAGCCCCUCCAGCAGGAAGAACUAGGAAGGACCAUUGCCCAGCUGGUCCAUGCUUUUCAGACUGUGGAGGCACAGCUCCAGUUCCUGCAGGCUUUCUGGCAGACGAUGAUCCGAGAGUGGGUGGGCAUUGACAGACUGCGCCUGGAUAAGUUCUACAUGCUCAUGAGGAUGGUCCUGAACGAGUCGCUGAAGGCUGUGAAAACCAGAGGAUGGGAGGAGAGACAGAUAGAGCAGCUGCUGGAGCUGAUGACCGCUGAAGUGCUGAGCCCCGACAGCCAGGCCCCCAGUGGGGUGAAGAGCCACUUCCUGGAGAUCUUUCUGGAGGAGCUCACUAAAGUGGGCGCUGCGGAGCUCACCGCAAACCAGAAUCUGCAGUUCAUCGACCCCUUCUGCCAGAUAGCAGCCCACACUAAGGAUUCCCUAGUUUUGCAUAAGAUCAUUCAGAACAUCUUUGAGGCGAUUGUGGAACAGGCUCCCUUGGCCAUAGAAGACAUCAUGAAUGAACUGGACACGCAGAGUGGAAAGGGCGGAGAAGCAUCAGUCGGGGAUGAUGGUGACGCGUCAGACGGGGAUGAUGGUGACGCGUCAGACGGGGAUGAUGGGGAUGCGUCAGAUGGUGAUGAUGGUGACGUGUCAGAUGAGGAUGAUGGUGACGCGUCAGAUGGGGAUGAUGGUAGUGCGUCAGACGGUGAUGAUGAUGAUGCGUCAGACGGUGAUGAUGGUGGUGUGUCAAAUGAGAAUGAUGGUGACAGCGACGAGUCCUCAGAGGAUGAGCAGGAUCUGCAAGACACAUCGCCCAAGAAGCUGCCUGCAGGCACUGUGCGUGGGGCUGGCCCCGAGGCAGACAAGGAGCAGGCCUGGGAUGAGGAGGAAAACACUGGCCCCGUCCUUCAGUUUGACUACGGGGCACUUGCUAACAGACUGUUCAAGCUCGCCAGCAGACAGAGCACGCCUUCUCGGAACAGGAAGCGCCUCUACAAAGUGAUCCAAAAGCUGCGGGACCUGGCUGGAGGCACUUUCCCUGAGGACGAUGUCCCUGAAAAAGCCUACAAGAAGCUGCUGGAAGGGAGGCGGGAACGGAAGAAGAAAAAGAAGCGCUCGCCCAAACCGCAGCCCCAGAAUAAGGAAGGAGGGAGCGAGACAGAAGCCUCGAGUGCAGGCCCAAGCACGGGGAGGAAGAGGAAGAGGGGCAGGGGGGCAGAUGGGAAGAGAGGGCCUCCUGGGAAGAGGAGUCCCGGGGCUAGAGCAAAGGGGGCUGGGGUCCAGCCACCAAAGAGGAAGAGGAAUCGGCCAGCACAGAGUGCGGAGUGAGGUGCACGGCCCAGGCUGGCACCUGGUGGAAUGGGGCAGGAUACUGGGCAUGCUCCUGCAGCCUCUAGAUGCCAAGGUUCUGAGUGUCCUAGAGGGAGGAGCAGGAGGAUGGAAGAGACUCUUGGUUUAGCUCUGGCCUUCAAGAAUGCUCCUGCCUCAGAGCCAUGACCAGAAAGAAAUUCACUCCAAACACUCCAAAUUUCACUUGUACAUAUGCUAAUGGCUGUGCCUGAUCCUAGCCAGAGAGGCCAGAAGAUCUAGAGACUGAGUCCGGCCUGGGUCGCAGAGUAAUACCCUGUCUUCAGCUUCCCUCCCCAACAGUAAGAAAAACAAACCCAAGUAACUGUGUGCCCACUGUCCCCUUUGCCCCGGGCUGCCCACAAAAUAAACUGCGGGUCCUUACAGCA